AUGAAGUUGAUGAAACAACGCUUUCUAGGGUCUGGAUCAAACGGAACAGUAAACUUGACCGUCGAACCCGCCGGAAAAACGGAGAUUGCAGUGAAGUCCGCCGGAAUGGAGAACUCAAGCUCCCUGAGACGGGAAGGACUGUUCUUGCACGCUCUCAGAGGCUGCCCUUACAUCGUUCACUGUUUUGGGGAAGACAUAAGCGUGGAAAAUGGAGAACACGUAGUGUACAACCUUCUGCUAGAAUACGCUCCCGGCGGCACCCUCCACGACAUGAUCGAGGCUCACGGCGGAAGCAUGCCGGAGACGGAGGUUGCACGCUGCACUUAUCAGCUUCUCAGAGGUAUCCACCGCGUGCACAGCCUAGGGUUCGUCCACUGCGACUUAAAGCCGGAUAACGUCCUCGUCUUCCCCACUCAACGCGGCCGGAAUCGGCUCAAGUUGUGCAAUUUCGGGCUGGCGAAGCUGGCCGGCCGACGGAAUGACGAUUACGGUGAUUACCAUCGCGGGACGUUACUAUACGCGCCGCCGGAAUCUUUAACCCGAUGGAGGAAAAGAUCACGGAGGUCAUACGAGGCACCUAAGGAUAUCUGGGCGCUGGGUUGCAUCGUCGUCGAGAUGAUCACCGGAAAACUUAUGUGGCGAGUCGGCAAUACCGAUGAGUUAACCAUGAAAAUAUCAUUAACCAAACCGGAAAUACCAAACCAUAUCUCCCAUUCAGCCAAGCAUUUCAUGAAAAAAUGUUUGGAGAUAAAACCACGAAAAAGAUGGACGGUCGAGAAGCUGCUAAAUCACCCAUUUGUUAGGGGUUUUGCUGUUCUUGGAGUUGAAGAAGACGAAGGGUUUGUGAAUCCGAAUGACUAUACGCCAUGGAUUUCCGGUAAGGAUCUGUUUGGGUCGUCACCGGCAUAUCCAGAAGCUCCUUUUCGUGAAUAUGUUCUGUUCCCUAUGAAAGAUGAGGAAGAUAAUGGAUGCCGGUUUAAGUUUCCUUGUGGGGAGGACUUGUUGAAACAAAUUUAUGGAUAG